AUAAAUAGAAGAAGUUAUGCUCAAAUUGGAUUACUACAACAAAGUAGAGCUUCCCUGGCACACUAGUUGCUACAACUCAAGCAAAAAAAUCCUCUUCCUUUCAGCACCACCACUACAAUCAAUGGCGGACCCGUACGUUUUGGCCACUCAGAAGCGCAACCGCACCGACGAAGCUAACGGCAGUGACUCCAAGAAACUCCAUCUGCAUGCCGAGGCGGAUCCGGCCGCGGCGUUGGCCAGCGCGCGCCAUGAGUUCGGGGAGCACGGCGGAGUGAACAUGUCGAUCGAGGCGUCGGCGACUUUCACGGUGAUGGAGCCAGAGACGAUGCGCCGCAUGUUCUCUGGCGAGCUUGGCCCCGACCGCGACUUCUUCAUCUACAGUCGCCACUUCAACCCGACGGUGCUGAACCUGAGCCGCCUUAUGGCCGCGCUGGAGGGCACAGAGGCCGCGUACUGCACCGCAAGCGGUAUGUCGGCCAUCAGUUCCGUGCUGUUGCAGCUGUGCAGUCACGGAGAACACGUGGUGGCGUCAAGAACGUUGUACGGUGGGACCCACGCGCUGUUCUCGCACUUUCUCCCGCGCACGUGCGGGAUAACCACAAGUUUCGUGGAGGUGACGGAUCUUGAGAUGGUGGAUGAGGCCAUGGUGGAGGGGAAGACCAAAGUGCUUUACUUCGAGUCAAUUUCGAACCCGACGCUGACGGUGGCGAACAUACCGGAGCUGUGCCGUAUGGCGCGACGUAAGGGGGUGACGGUGGUGGUGGACAACACGUUCGCGCCCAUGGUGCUUUCGCCGGCGCGUCUUGGUGCUGAUGUGGUGGUUCACAGUAUCACCAAGUUCAUCAGCGGUGGGGCCGACAUAAUCGCAGGGGCUGUGUGUGGGCCUGCAAGCCUGGUGAACAAGAUGAUGGACCUGCAACAAGGAUCCUUAAUGCUCUUGGGCCCUACAAUGAAUGCAAAGGUGGCAUUUGAACUUUCGGAGAGAAUCCCACACCUGGGCCUAAGAAUGAAGGAGCACAGUGAGCGGGCUUUAUUGUUCGCAAGGAGGCUGAAAAGCCUGGGCCUGAGAGUGAUCUAUCCGGGCCUGGAGGAGCACCCGCAGCACCAGUUACUGAAGUCGAUGCACAAUGCUGAGUAUGGGUUCUGUGGGCUUAUCUGCCUGGAUAUGGAGACUGAGGAGAGGGCUAACCGGUUGAUGAACCACUUGCAGAACUAUGGGCAGUUCGGGUUCAUGGCGGUGAGCUUGGGCUACUAUGAGACUCUGAUGUCCUGCUCUGGAAGUAGCACCAGCAGCGAGUUAAACUCAGAGGAAAAGAAGCUAGCUGGGAUUUCACCUGGGCUGGUGAGAAUGUCUAUUGGGUACAUUGGCACCUUCGAGCAGAAAUGGGCCCAGCUCGAGAAGGCCCUAAGCAGACUUAACGAGCCUCUAUGCAAGAAUUGAAGCCCAUUAGCACCUGAGUUCAGGCUUUCGAUGAUAUUAAUAAUACCAGUAUGUCUAAUAAGUUCUGUAUUAGCACUUCGUCGGUUCUCUCUAAUGGAUGUAUUUCCAUUUUCUAUUA